AUGCAAAACCCUAAUUCUCAUGAGCGUCUCAAAUCGUGGUCGGAUCUUCCUCUGGAUCUCUUGAAUUCGGUUUUCGAACGCCUCAGUUUUGUUAAUUUCCAGCGAGCUAAAUCCGUAUGCACCUCUUGGCACUUUGCUUCAAGACAAUGCGUGCCCAAAAGCAAACAGAUCCAUUGGCUGAUUCUCUUCCCUGAAGACAACGACAACAGCAGCCACUAUCAUUCUUGCAGGUUGUUCAAUCUCGAGGAAAAAGACAAACUCUACAAAACGCAAGAUCUAGGUUUGGAAUUUGCAAGGAGUGAUUGUAUAGCAACCUAUGGAAGUUGGCUCCUUAUGCGAGAUCCUCUGUGUAACCUCUUCAUUGUGAAUCUGUUUACCCUCGAGAGGAUCAGUCUACCUCCUACGGAGUCACAAACCGGAAUGAUCACGAAGCUGGAGCGAACCUUAGAUGGUCGGUUUCGCGUUACAAGUCACGAUGGAAAGGAGUAUACUUUCAAAGAUAUUAAUAUGCGAUGCCCUGCGUUUUGGGUUGAUGAGAAAACCAAAGACUAUGUUGUUUUUUGGGGGCUUCGAGAUUUGUGUGUAGUUUAUUCCAAGAGAGGAGAUACCUUGUGGAAUCAAAUCCCGGAAACUUCAGGUUGUUGUCACGUGGUUUACAAGGAUUCCAAGCUUUACAUGGUAAGCUUAUAUUAUGGUUAUGUCAUAAUCUUCGAUUUCUCUGGAGAGAUUCCACAAAGAAAGCUUCACCGUUCUGUUGCUUUUGUAAGUUCGAGGUUUGGUAACCUUCGGGAUUCACUUCUAGUCACGGUAACAGGAGAUCUCCUCACGGUUGAAAGAACAUGGAGACGGAGGUCUAGUACCUGGUACUUCCGGGUUAUCAAAAUUUGUUCAUCAGGAUUCGAUAUGAAACCCCAACGGAUUAAGUCUCUGCGUGACGAAACAAUGCUUUUGGAUCAAGGCAUCACUGUGCUCGCCGAUGACAAUGAUGGAUUCAUUCGAAAUUCUAUGUAUUACAGUUUUACUAGUGGAGAGAACACAAAGGGGAUGUUUCUUUUUAAUCUAGAGACAGGGAAGACAGAGCCGGUGCACACAUUUGAUUGUUCUUCGGUCCACUUCUCUAGAGCUCGAUGGUUCUUACCGAGUUUUAGGCGAACAUGA